AUGGCCGCGUCGCGAGUCUCCGCGGUGUCCUCGGACCAGGGUCCGCGCGCCCUCCGGAGGUCCUGGUCCGAGCUGCUGGCGGGAAGAGCUAAGAGGCAGAGAUUCGGUCCCGAAAGGAGCCCGACGUUAAAGGCAGCGGCGGUGCGCCUGCUGAGGAGCCAUCAGGACGUGGAUGGCCUUCUGCUCGAGGUGGAAGGUCCACAGUGUGAAAAAUUGUGUCUCAGUGACUUGAUUGAUUGUAACAGUCCUAAGGCCUGCACUAAUCCUUCCAAUUCAUUUAUAGGCUCUGCUUUGCAAGAUCAAGCCUCAAGACUGGGGGUUCCAGUGGGAAUCCUGUCAGCCCAGGUGGCUGCUUCUAGCAUUAGGGAGAUCUGUGGGGCUAUAGGCCCGUCUAGUCUUACUGUGCUGCUCACUUUGGAGCAGAAGAAGAAACUGUCUUCCUUGAUAGAGAUUGCUCAGUAUUUACUGGCAAACAGUAUGCUCUGCCGUCGCUCCUUCUGUCAGGAAUUAUGGAAAGUGCAGAAUUCUUUGGUGCUUGAAGCUGUGUGGCAUCUCCAUGUACAGAAUGUUGUGAGCCUUCAGGAGCUGCUGGAAAGACACCCGGACACGCGGGUCCUGGUAGCCUGGCUGUGCAAGAACCUGGACCUUCUGUGUGAGCAGGUGGAAGCCCCAAGCCUGUCUAGUGACAUCACCAGGGCCAUGCUUGCUGAUUUUGUACGCAUGUUUGUUUUGACGGGAUUUCAGGAAAAGUCGGAUCUGAGAAGAGAUGUGGAACAGGAGAAGCUGCCCCAGGUGUCCACUGCGGUCCUGCAGAGCCUGCUGAAUACCACCCUGGAAGCUGUGACUGCUAGUGAGCAAGAGGCCUCUGCCACACUGGGGCCUGCCCCAUGCUGGCUCAGGAUAUUCAGUGGACACAACUAUGGCAGCACAGCAACACCAGAGACCCCAAGGCGAUUUUUCACCCACACCUUGACGCAGAUUCUCACCCAUAACCCCGUGCUGAGAGUGUCAGAUGCCAUUCAGAGGCAGAGAGAAUGGAGCUUUGCAAGGACAUCUCCUCUGCUCAGCGGCCUAUUCCACAAGCUCUUCAUGAUGUUAAGUCCCAAGGAGCUGCUUGGCCACCUGCAGGAAGUUAUAGACAUGCAUGAGGUGAACUGGCAGCACGUGCUGUGUUGUGUGUCCACCCUGAUCAUUUGCCUCCCAGAUGCACAGCAGCUUGUCACAGACUGGGUGGCUCACCUGGUAUCCCGUGCAUUUGAGAGCUUUGACCUGGAGAGCCUGGUCCCUGCCUUCUUGAUUGUGCGCCAGGCUGCACUGGAGGGUCCCAACAUGUUCCCCCCCUAUGUGGAUUGGUUCAAGGCCACCUUUGGCAGUGCCCGUGGCCCCCAUGCCCACAGCAAGAAGGCAGUGGUGUUCCUCUUCACAUUCCUGUCGGACCUUGUGCCCUUUGAAGGCCCUCAGUACCUGAAGGUGCACAUGCUUUACCCACCUCUGGUCCCAGAAAGACUGCGACCCCUGCUCACUGACUAUGUCACUCUGGCCCGAACACGAUUGGCUGACCUCAAGGUUUCUAUAGAGGACAUGGGGCUCUAUGAGGACCUGUCAUCAGCAGGUAGCACACAGCCCCACAGCCAAGCACUCCAGGAUGUGGAGAGGGCUCUCGAGGUGUUUGCACACACAGGGAAGAUCCCAGCUCCUGUGAUGGAGGCAAGCAUCUUCAGGAGGCCCUACUACCUGUCACACUUCCUGCCCGCCCUGCUCACACCACGAGUGCUGCCUAAGAUCCCUGACCUCCGUGUGGCCUUCAUCGAGUCCCUGAAAAGAGCCGAUAAAAUUCCUCUGUCACUGUACUCGAGCUACCACCAAGCCUGUUCCACUGCUGAAGAGAAGAAACCAGAGACCCCCAUGGAGGCCGAGCCCAGCUGUGCUGAAGGUGCCCUAGGUGCACUUGAGGCUGUGCUAGGAGCACUCAGAGAUGGCAUGACAGAGCCUAUGCAGCAUGAUGUGGUGUCCGCACACAUUGCCAUCAUUUCUGAUCGAGUGCACACUGCCUUGGGUCUCAGGGAAGAUGAUGUCGCAACACCAAAGAUUCAGCUUGACCUUCUUGCUCCAGAGCUGAAGAGGCCAGAGCAGGAGGUUGUGGAUCUGCUGCUCACCAACUUCUGCCAGAGCCUCGUGGCUGCAUCCAGCUUUGCCCCACCACACAGUCAGGGAUCCUGGGCAGUGCUUUUAGUGAAGCUACUAUGUGGACACAAGCUCCUGCCGUUGGUGCUGACUCGCCUGUGCCAGCUGCUGCUCUACCAGGGUCCUCAUUUGAGUGCUUUCCACGUGGUGGGGCUCGCAGCGCUGGCUGUCCACCUGGCCAGGUCAGGGCCAGGAUUGCCACACGUGGACCUGAACCCACCUGCUUCCACCCAGAGCCUCUCCAUGGCUGAGUUCCUGGACAACCUGUUACCCUGCAGAACCAGGGACUCUCUGCUCUUCUGUGUGAGGUUUUGUACAGCAGUGAUUUCUUAUGCCUUGUGCAGACCUCCCUCUAAGUCGGAUGCCACUGUGCCCAGCCAAGUGCCUCCAGGCCUCGUGAAGAAGUUCCAGUUUGUUGUGCUGAGACUCUUCUCUGAAGCCCGAGAGCCUCCCUGUGUGGAUACUGUGGAGGAUGUUCCGUGGAGACCCCUGUGCCUGCCUUCUGCAGACUGGACGCUGGCCGCCCUCUGUCUGUGGAGACAUAAGGUGUUCCAGGAACUGCUGAGGGAGAAGGAGCUUCAGCUAACUUACAGAGACUGGUUGCAGUUGGAACUAGGAAUUGAGCCUCAAGAUGACCUUCUGUCAGACACAGAAAGGCGAGAUUUCCAUCAGUGGGCCAUCCAUCAACACUACCUGCCCAAGCCUGUGGCUGUAGGAGGAUGUGGGGGAGACCUGGAGGCAGCCUGCAGUGUCCUCACCGAGGCAAUGAUGGACUUCUGCACAAGCUCCUGGAGCUGUGACCUCCUGGAGAAAUCUGAUGUCUCCAGAGGCUGCAUGGUAAACCGAGAUAUCCUUUCCAGGUUGCAGGAAAUGCUGCUGGACCUGGAGCAGGUCAACACAGCAGAGCACUUCCUAGUUGGGAUUUUCCGUAGGCGACUGCAGGCUCUGGAGGGCGUGUCUGCAGUGACUGUCCACCUUCUAAGGCAGCAAGAGCUACUCCUGCAGAAACGGAUCCUCCUGGCCCUCCCUCCCACUCUGCUCUUCACUGGCAUCCAGGGGAAACCAGCCACCGCUGACUGUGGCCAGUUCCUGCAAUUCAUCUGCUCAGAGCUGAGAAACCUUUGCCACCAUGGAGGUGCCCUGACCCACGACAUCACUGCCCACUUCUUCCGGGGCCUCCUGAGCACCUGUCUACGUGGACAAGACCCUGCCUUGCUUGUUGACCUGACCCUUUCCACCUGCCAGACCAAGUGCCCAAUAAUCCUGACCUCUGCUCUGCUGUGGUGGCCACGUCUGGAGCCAGUGCUUGUGUGCCAGUGGAGGCGACACUUGAAGAGCCCACUGCCCCGGGCGCUGCAGGAGCUGGCGGAAGCCCAGGACCUGGCCAAGAGCUUCAUCUCCCUGCACCCCAACCUGUCCGGCGCCAGUUCUGGCCCUUCCUGGGUUUCUGCGGCGGCUCUGUACUUUACCAUGCAGCAGGCACUGAGAGAACAAGGCAAGGUGGAGCUCACAAUUCUGGACUGCCUAGGACAGGAGGUGCUGCUGUCCCUCUUCUUCUUCUCCAUCACAGGCCUGAUCUCAGGGCAUCUGGCCCCCGAUGAAGCUCUCAGCCCCCUGAAGGUGCUGGACACCUGUACCAAGAUCCUUGGGUACCUGGAGAGGAAGAAGGUGCCCUGGCUGGGGCUCUUCCAGUUGACAGAGACGGGGCCUGGACCUGGCCCGGUGUUUCUCCACUUGGCCUCUGACCAGCACAUCCGGCUCCUGCCACUUGCCUUCUUCAGCCUGCUCCCCUCCCUGGACCCCGACACCCUUGUCAGGAAGGAUGCCUUCCUGCAAGUAGCUGUUGGCAUGUAUCUGAAGCUGACCCGGCUCUUUGUGGCCGGUGAGACACAUGAUCUACUGACUCCAGCCACCCAUGGCCAGCUAGACCAGCUCCAUCCACUGGAGCUGCUGACGAAGGCCCGUCUCUUCCUGCUGCGGUCAAUUUCACGGUGCCCCGAGCAGAGCUUCCUGAAUGUGACAGAGCUGCUGGCCACUGAUGAGGACCUGGACCCUGAGGUGAGCGCUGCCCUCCUGAGCAGAAGUGGGCAGCCGGCUCUGCGGGACCCAAGGUCAGACGAGGACUUGUACCAGGAGCCCCAGCUCUUCUGA